GAUGAGGUCUUUGAAUUUGUUUGCUUUGCUGCUGCUUGUGCUUGCCAUCUUCUUGGGUCACUUGGGUCAAUCUGAGGCCAGCUUUUGUCCCUGCAAUCUGAAGGAGAAGGGCAAGGUGUGCGGCUCCAAUGGCGUUACCUACACAAAUCGCUGUGAAUUCGAGUGCACACAGCGGGAUUACAAGAAGCUGGGACGCACUCUGAACAUUCGGAGCAUGGGAGAUUGUGCUUAGUGAAUAACUUUUUGAUUUUGCUUGUUCAAGUCGCGUGUAUUUAUAAUCUCAUUAAAAUAUUAAUGUAUUCUUAUUGCUUU